AUGCCAAAAAAAAAAAAAAAACAAAAAGAAAGAUACAACAACAAAAUAAAAUGAAAAAAAAACCUUCGAGACCCUCUACAUAACAUGCUUCAACAAUGAUGAAUCCCAGAUAAUGAAAAGAUCUUCGACCAUGCUUCAUUUCAACUUCAAUUGAAUCCACAAAAUGUUAAAUUUGUAUAAAUCUCAACAUUGCAUGAGCUAUCUAAUAUGUUUAUAUCAGCAAACUUUAUCUUGCUUUUACUCAUAAAAAUCAACAACACGACAUGGUGCUGGUGCUAUUAAUUUCAAACAUCAUUUUAAUGAACUAUUUAUUGUUGUUAUUGGUAAACAUUUACUUGUUGUUGUUUUUCGGCUUCAUCAAUGUUUACAAAAAAUACCUUUGAUAAGUCGCUGUUGAUGCUAACAAUAGAAGCAUGUGUUGGUCUGUGGAGCUUUAAGAACACAGUGCCUCUGUCUAAAAGAAUGCUAAAAAUUUCAUCAGUGUCAACAGUGAGAUCUUCAUUCGAAAUUGAUAAAACAUUUUCAAGUAAUACACACUAUUUAAUAAUAUUAUAUUUAAUAUAAUAUUUAAAUAAUAAUUGAGCAUAUUAAGUAGUUAUUAUCAAGUCAAUAAGAAGUAUUUAUUCAAAGUAAUCUAUUUUUCUCAAUGGUAUUCAGUUGAUAUGAUCAAAGAAAAAAAAGACUAUAUUAAUUUAUUAAGUGCUGUAAAAUUGGUGUUGGUGAUAGAGUAUUUUUUAAAGAUUGUUUUUUAAAAAAGUUGUGAUGAAAAGUAUGACCAUAGUUGUGUUGUGUUGUGUUGUGAUCAUUAAAUGUGCUUAAUGUUGCUGAUGGAAUCAUCACAUGAACUACAUGGAGUCCAUCAUCCUCUAGUCUUCAUGGAAUGCAGUAUCCUGAGCAAUUUGAUGACCAUCGUGGGAAGAUGAACAUCCGCUUACAAGUUUGUUUUGAUAAUAAUCAUUUUGUCGCCGACAUAUUGCUUGAAAAUUCACCUUUAUAAAAUAUAAUAACAACAAUUCAAUCAAUAUAAAAAAAAAAAAAAAACAAAGAUGUCUGCGGUUGUUCAUUUGGCAAAAUAGACACAAGAUGUCAUGACAGUUUGUUACAAGAUGGCGGAUAUAUCCUACCUCCAGAAUGAGGACGUCGAGGAUACAGAUGAACAAAUGGCCUUUUCACAACCGAACGAUGACUGGAGUGACAUUCAAGACUGGUCACAUCCGAUGGCUAAACUUCAGCGAUACGCAGGCAUUCAAGCACAGCAAAAUAGUCAAUUGGUUGGACGUAUUCUAAUUGAAGUAUUUCGAAAUGCCGUUGAUAAUGGCACGGAACUCAAUGUUGUUGAGGUUAUGGAGUCUGUUCAUAAGUUGAUCAAUGAGUCAGAUGAAAAUGUCAGACUUGAACUCAUUGAACAAUUGCCUCAUGUGGCUAUGAUAUGCCAAGAGGUACCAGAACGUUUUGGUGAUGUAUUAUCAAAUCAUUUGAUACAUCUUGUUUGUGCUUGUUUAGUUGAUGAAGAUCAACAGGUAAGACAGGCAACUCAUACAGCCCUUAUGACAUUUGUUGAGCGUGGCUUGUUGGACAAGGGUUCCAUUGAAUUUCCCGUCGCACCAACUCUUCUCAUGAUGGGCGAACAACCUGGCAAACUUGAUUUAGUCACACUAGCUAUUGAUGGCAUGAGUAAAGUUGCAUCACUAUUGGAACCAGCAACAGCUGAAAAAUUAUUUCUACGACGUUAUUUAUCACUGUGUCGUGAUGGAAAUUUUUUCAUUCGUAAAUUAUGUGCACUUCACUUUGGUGAAUUUUCAGUUGCUCUGCCAAAAGAUACUGUGUACAAUAAAUUGCUUCCAAUGUAUGUAACAUUAUGCAAAGAUGCAUUUUGGAUAGUUAGAAAAUCUUGUGCUGAAGUAAUUGUAUCAGUUGCAUGUACUGUGUCACUUGAACAUAGAAGUACAAUAUUAUCUGAAAUACUUGCAAAUUUUCUUUCUGAUGAAUCAAAAUGGGUUAGAAUAUCAGCAUAUCAACAUUUGGGUCCAUUUAUAUCAACAUUUGCUCAACAAUAUACUGGUUUUUCAUAUAAUCAAUUUGGUGAACUUGUUAUGACUGAUCAUCAUGGUGCAGAACUUCGUUACAAUAUGAUAUCAUUCACUGGUUCACCAGACAGUUCAAUGGCUGCCAGUAAAGUUGCAACUGAUGAAGACUAUGACAACAUCAAUAACAGCAGUAGCAACAACAACAUCAUGCUCAACUCAUCAAAUCAUUCAAAUGUAGGCAAUAAUAAUUUGCAACAAAAUAAAGAAAAUUUACCAUUAAAUAAUUUAUCCAAGGUCCAGUGGUGCAGUGUGGGUUCACUUGAAACAUCAAAUUACUAUGAUAAUACAAGAUCAUCAACACCAAACAACAAUCACAAUAAUGAUGAUAACUCAUUGACUGAAGAACAUCAUCUUUUUAAUCCAUUCCUGUAUUACUACAUACCACCUGAUUUACAACUUGAUGAUGAAUUAGUACGUGCAGCAACAUCAUCAGUAUUAACAGCUAAUAAUCAACAAAAACCAACAAUUAUUAUUGUCGAUCAAAAUCAUCAAAUUAUUAAUAAUGUUUAUAAUGAAACAUCUGAUAAUGAAGAUAAUACUACAACAACAAAAAAUGAUGAUGAUGAAAAAAUUGAAAAAGAAAUAAAUAUUGAAGAAAAAACAGAAAAAGAUGAUAAUGAUGAUAUUGAAAUAAAAUUAGAUAAUGAUAAUGAUGAUGAUGAAGAUAAUAAUUCAAGUUUAAAUAAAUUAGAAAAAUCAGAAAAUAAUACAAUAGAUUAUUCAACAAUAUUCAAUGAUAGCAAUGAAAAUAAAAGUACAAGUGAUAAUGAAAGUAAUACAAGUUUAAAAAGUCUUAAUGAUACAAUAAAUUUAUUAACAAUAUCUGAUGAUAAUAAUCAACAAGAACAACAACAAAUAAAUAAUAAUAAUAAUAGUAAUAAUACAAUAAAAAAUGAUAAUGAUAUUAAGGGUCAAACAAUUGUACCACAAAUACUUGUUGAUUAUUUUGUAUCAAUGGCUGAUCCAGAAGCAUGGUGGAAUACAAAUCCAUCACAAAUACCACGUUUUUGUGCAUUUUAUUUUCCAGCAGUUGUAUUAACACUUGGUAAAGAUAAUUGGAAUAUGUUAAAAACAGCAUAUGGAUAUUUAUCUGAUGCUAGAGAAUAUAAAGUUAGAAGAAUAAUGGCAUCAAGUAUACAUGAAGUUGCAAUGAUACUUGGUGAAGAAUUAUCAAGUCAAGAUUUAUUACCAAUAUAUGAUGGUUUUAUAAAAGAUUUAGAUGAAGUUAGAAUUGGUGCAUUAAAACAUUUAUCAACAUUUUUAAAAGUUUUAAAUCCAACAGAUAGAUGUUUUUUUUUACCAAGAUUAAAGGCAUUUCUUGCAAUGGAUAAUGAAUGGAAUUGGCGUUUUAGAGAAGAAGCUGCACAUAAAUUUCUUGAAGCAAUACCAUUAUUUAAACCACGUGAUGUUUAUACAUUUAUUAUGCCAUUAUCAUUUCCAUUACUUAAUGAUAAAGUAUCUGCUGUUCGACAUAUGGCACGUGCAUUGGUAACACAAAUUGUUUCUUAUUUGGCAACUGAUGAAGAAUUAAUAACUGCACAUAUUUUAGAACUUCGUACAAUACUUACAGCAUCAACAAGUAAAUGGACAAGUCGUCAAUCAUAUGCAUUACUAUGUGAAUCAUUAAUAAGUUGUGAAGCAAUAAGUGCUGAAAGAUUUUCAAAAGAAUUUUUACCAUGUUUACUUGCUUUAUGUUCUGAUCCUGUUCCUAAUGUUCGUCUUGCUGCUGUUAGAACAUUGACAACUCAAGUUUCACAUAUAAGCAAUGCUCUUGGAACAAAAGAAAAUGAAGAAAUUCAAAAAAUCUUUAGGAUUAUGCGUCAAGAUCCAGAUAGAGAUGUUAGAAUUUUAGCUGGUGGUGAUGCUGGAACAUAUUCUGGUGAUGAUCGUCGUAAACUUAUAUAUACUCUAUCUUCAAAUUAAAACAUUUAUUAAUUAACACAUGAAAAUAUUAAAUUUUUAUGAUAUUAUUUUUUUUUUGUUUUAAUAAUAUUAAUUUCAAUCUUUUCCUUUUUUUUUUGUUUUUUCUUCAAUUUAAAGUCACGCCACAGUCGGGUAACAUUCUGUGACCCAAAUAUUAUUACAACUUUUACUUGCGGUCAAUAAAAAAGGCUCAGUGCGUUUGACAAUAAAUGCAUUAUUAUUUUUUAUUCCUUUUUUUUUUUUUCUUUUUAUUUUUUUGCGUUCAUUACACUUGUUGUUUUACAACCGGCUGCGCCGAUUUGACUGACUGACUUGACUGCAGUUAUUUUGAAAAUAAAUAAAAAAAAAAACAAUGUUUACAUGAUGAUAAAAGAAAACCAAACACGCACUUUUUUUUCUUCUUUUUUUUAUAUUUAUUCAUUUUUUUAUUACUUUUAGUUAUUUUCUCAAUCAGUUAUAUUGCCAAUGCGAUUUAACGCAUUCCUUUUUUUUUCUUCAAUCUUUAAGUAACUCAUCAAAUAGCGUAAAAUUAAAU